CUAAUGCAGACGGAUAUUUCUCGCAGGCUGAAGCAGCAAGCUGCUCUCGCCUACUUCAUCGUCAUCCUCGCACCGCGAGAAACAGAUAAGCGUGCGCACGCGCGGACCAGGCAACCGCUCGACGUCGCACCCACCAAAUGUGAUCCAUUGCCGACACCUCAAGCAUCGCCGCGACGCUACGACAGAUCCUGGGUCGUAAGGAGAGGAGGAAGAAGUUGGAGGAAGAAGGAGAAGGAGGGAGGAAGGAGGAGGAGGAGAAGAUGCAAGAUAUUCACUCGAUCGCCGGGGGGCGGAUGUUCGGAGCAGCAGCAGCCGCCGCGGCCGCCUCCGUCGGGGACCGGAGGCUACGACCGCACGGGCACCACCACCACCACCACCCGAUCCACCAGGCGCUGAAGUGCCCGCGCUGCGACUCGCUCAACACCAAGUUCUGCUACUACAACAACUACAACCUCUCCCAGCCCCGCCACUUCUGCAAGAGCUGCCGGAGGUACUGGACCAAGGGCGGCGUCCUCCGCAACGUCCCAGUCGGCGGCGGCUGCCGGAAGUCCAAGCGCUCCUCCAAGCCCAAGCCCUCCUCGUCCGCGUCCGCCGCCCCCCCGGCGGAGCCUGCGGCGGAGGCGGAGGAGGAUGACCCGCCGAGGGAGCGGAAGUCGAGCUCUCACUCCAGCAGCGAGAGCUCCAGCCUCACCGCGACGACCACCGCCGUCGCCACCGAAGCAGUUUCCGCGCCGUCUUCGGCGUCCCACCAGUCGAGCUUGCUGAACAUCAACGAUUACAAGUCGAUGAUCUCUCAGAGCAUGAACAUAAACGCUAGCGACUCCGGUGGCUACGAGCAUCCGGCGGUGGAGGGCGGGCUGUUCUCCGACAUCGGAAGCUUCACGAGCCUGAUCACUUCCUCGAGCGACGGUCCGUUACCCUACGGGUUCAGCGCCGUGAUGACCCAGCACGGUCAGGACCAGGCCCAGCCGAACCAGUGGCACCACAUGGCCGCCGGCGCCGACGCCGGCGCCGCCGACGAGAUGAAGAUGCAGCAGGAGAUGGGCGGCGGCGGGUUCAUCGACCAGAGCGUGCUCGUGGAUCUGCCCACGUCGACGUCGCAGGGGAACAGGUCGAGCGGCGGCGGCGGCGGCGGCGGCGGCGGGGGAGGUUUUGGGCCGUUGGAUUGGCAACCGAGCGCCGAUCAGGGCCUGUUCGAUCUCCCCAGCGCCGUCGAUCACGCAUACUGGAGUCAGAGUCAAUGGAGUACGGACGGGGACCAAGACCCACCAGGCCUGUAUCUCCCGUAAAAUCUCUCCUCCUUCUCUCUCUUUUUGCCUUAACUCCCAAAAAAUCCGGACGCAAAAAAAAGGAACUUAAAAAAAAAUGACAAAUAAACGAAAAAAAAAGGUAAAGAGGAGGAGAACGUUAUAUCGAAAUUUAUAUUUUCAGUAAUUGACUUUUUGUAAAUUUUUUGUUUGCGAUCUUCUUGGUUUUAUUUUUAAUUUUUUAAGGGUUUGUUCCGGAAAGUGGCAUGGGUUUGUUCUUGAUGUUCAUGUGCAGCUACGAGCUAACCUUCCCUUGCCCAUUA